CGCGCUCGCGGCUCCGGAAGCGGGCGGGGCUGCCGGCCGAGCCGUUUCCUGCCCGGGACGCGGCGGAGCCGGAGCCGGAGCGGGACGGAGCGGAGCGCGGCGGAGCCAUGACUCACCAGACCGGCAUCCACGCCACCACAGAAUUAAGGGACUUCUUUGCCAAAGCCCGAAAUGGUUCAGUUCGGCUCAUCAAGGUCAUCAUUGAGGACGAACAGCUCGUGCUGGGAGCCCACAAAGAGCUGUCCCGGCGCUGGGACGCCGACUACGAUGCCUUCGUGCUGCCUUUGCUGGACGAGCAGCAGCCGUGCUACGUGCUGUACCGCCUGGACAGCCAGAACGCCCAGGGCUACGAGUGGCUCUUCAUCUCCUGGUCCCCCGACAGCUCCCCGGUCCGGCUGAAGAUGCUGUACGCUGCCACCAGAGCGACGGUGAAGAAGGAGUUUGGUGGGGGGCACAUAAAGGACGAGAUGUUUGGAACGGUGAAGGAGGACGUGUCCCUGAGCGGUUACCAGAAGCACGUGUCCUCCUGCUCUGCCCCAGCCCCGCUGACCGCAGCCGAGCAGGAGCUCCAGCAGAUCCGCAUCAACGAGGACCUGCCUUCCCUGGCCUCCAGCAGAGAGAUGGAUUCCUGUUCCCAGGACUCGAGCACCGAGAUGGUGAAGACGGAGAUCAGCGUGGAGAGCAAGCACCAGACCCUGCAGGGCUUGGCCUUCCCCCUGCAGUUGGAUGCUCAGCAAGCCAUCCAGGCGCUCAAGCAGAAGAAAAUCAACUACAUCCAGCUGAAGCUAGAUUUGGAGCGGGAGACCAUCGACCUGGUGCACACAAGCCCCACGGAGAUCACCGAUCUGCCCAAGAGGAUCCCCCAGGACUCGGCUCGGUACCAUUUCUUCCUGUACAAGCACUCGCACGAGGGAGACUACCUGGAGUCUGUCGUCUUUAUCUACUCCAUGCCCGGGUACAAAUGCAGCAUCAAGGAGCGCAUGCUCUACUCCAGCUGCAAGAGCCGGUUGCUGGACACUGUGGAGCAGGAGUUUUGCCUGGAGAUAGCCAAGAAGAUUGAGAUCGAUGAUGGAGCCGAGCUGACGGCGGAGUUCCUCUACGAGGAGGUGCACCCCAAGCAACAUGCCUUCAAGCAGGCCUUCGCCAAGCCCAAGGGGCCCGUGGGGAAACGGGGACAGAAGCGGCUGAUCAAGGGGCCGGGCGAGAACGGCGAGGACAGUUAGAUCCCGCAGGACCGGGCGGUGAACGGACAGCAUCCCCGCGGCGCUUCCCGGCUUCGUCUCCGCUGACCUGGGGAUCUCUCCCUCCAUCUCAAGUCUUUUCCCUCCCCCCCCUUCUUUUUUUCCUAUUUCAUUCCUUUUUUAAACAUCAGGAUGGCUUGUUGCACCUGGGGGCAGAGCGAUGGGGAGGGUUCAGGGUUGUCGGCGUUUCUUUUCCUCGCAUCCUUUGUGCAAGCCCCGGGGCUGCCGGCGGAGGACAGGAGCAGCAGGGCCGUGUCCCCCAGCCUUGCUCCUGUCCCCCCCGGGGUCACAGCCACUGCUCUCGGUGGCCCCUGGGUGACUGAAGGACACGCUCGCCUGCAAGCUGCUCUAUGCAAAGGGACAGAGAUGGCAUUGGGGAUUCCUGUUUGAAAAGAAAAAAUGCUUCUUUCCCUGCUCCCUCAGCCCCCAGAUUUUGCUUCCCUGUCCAGCUCUCGGUGUGCAUGACCCCUCUGCCCCAGGCCUGGAGCGAUCCUGCACCCCCUCAGGGUGCGGGCAGGACCCCUCCUGGCAGGGUGGCCUUUGCUGGCAGGAAUUUGUCCCUGGGGGGACCCAGCCAGCGUGAGCUAGAAGGUGUGUGUCCUCAUCCCUUCCCCCCAAGUCCUGAGCUCAGCCUGGCCCUGGAGAAAGGUCACUCUGCCUUUGGGUGAUGUUUGCAGCCCCUUUUUGAACACCACCCCCAUCUCCCCCCCCCCCCCCCCCCCCCCAAUAAGGCUUUUCCCCUCAGAGGGAUCUGUUACAGCUCUGACUUAGCCCCAUCCCUGUUUAGGAUGGGAGCCAGGGUGACCCCGAGAUCUGGUGUCCCCCUUUCCACACUCCCCAGCCCCUCCUGUCACCCUCUGGGUGUGCUGCCAGCUCUCUGGUCUGGGGCAGCCCCAUGUCUUAAAAGUAACAGGGGCUACCCCAAAUCCUUGUGCAGGGAAGCAUGACCGGCCCUGCGUGCCCCCCCGCCUCCCCCCAGGGCCUUCUGCAGCCACCGAGGGCCAAGCUUGGCCCUGCGAGUUCGGCUUCAGGGGGGGCUUGGGGGGAGAGCGCCUUGCUGCUGGGUACCAGGGAGGGCUCGAGAGCUGCCACCGGGAAGAUGGAGGGGGGGGGGGUCGGUGAAACCUGCCCUCUGCCCUCCUGCUGCGUCGGUCAACAUGCCGACGUUGCCUUGACCUCGGCGGAGCGGGCGGUGGAGGGGGCGGAAGCUGAGGGGAGCAGAGCACACUGUACUGAACGCUGUAUUUUCUAAAGAAUAAAGUAUUUUUAAAACAG